AUGAAAAAACUCUUGUUGACAAGUGCCAGUGUAUCCUUGUUAUGUCUAUUUACAUUGACAAAAGCUAUUGAAGACGUAUUUGACGAAGCACGUUUAAACACUCUUUUAUCCGACCCAAAAUAUAAACCCAACACAUUAGGCAAUGUCAUUCCCGGACGCUAUAUCAUCGAAUUCGAUCAAGACUAUCGCGGAUCCAGUUUAGAUUUUGUCACAGAUAUUGAAGCAGAUAUCUAUGAAACAGACCCUCUUACUAAUUCUCGUAUCAAAAUGUCCAUCGCCCAUGAUUUCAAUACCGAAUCUUCCAUCUUUAGAGGCGUUUCUAUUGCCCUUACGCAGAUAUCCAAUGAAAACGACGUAUUACAUAAACGACAGAUCAACAAGGACGGAUUACACCAUACUGUGUUAAGCAAGAUAUUACAGCAACAUCGUGUCAAACAUAUUUAUCCUGUGACAGAAAUCCAACGACCCAAAUCACCGGAUGUACAACUUACAAAAGACAGUCCUGCAUUACCAUUUACGCAUACUAUGACUCAAGUGAAUCGAGUCAAUCAAGAUCUUCAGCUCAAGGGCAAAGGAAUUUUAGUCGGAAUUAUUGAUUCAGGUAUUGAUUAUCGUCAUCCAGCAUUUGGUGGUGGAUUUGGACCAGGAUAUACAGUGCAAUAUGGUUAUGAUUUGGUUGGAAACAAAUUUAAUUCAAGAGACCCAUUUUCUAGAAAACAAAAUAAUACCCCUCUUGAUGAUUGUCCCGAUGGAAAUGGUCAUGGAACACACGUUGCGGGUAUUAUUGCCGCUAAUGAUUCAAUAUUUAACUUUACUGGUGUAGCGCCCGAAGUCACAUUAGGUGCUUGGAGGGUGUUUGGCUGUGAUGGUGCCACUUCCAAUGAUUUGGUAAUAAAAGCACUUAUUGGUGCCUUUGAAGCAGGUUGUGAUGUAAUCAACCUUAGUUUAGGAAGUUCAAGUAAUUGGGCUCAAGAUCCUACUGCUAUUGUAGCUGGAAGAAUCUCGAGCAAAGGAUCCAUAAUUAUUGCAGCGGCAGGAAAUGAUGGUUCUGAAGGUGCAUUCUAUAUCUCUUCCCCGGGCACAGGAAUUGAUAAUAUUGCAGUGGCAUCUAUCGACAAUGUCUAUAAUCUUCAACAAACUGCUCUUUCUGAAGCCGGAAACGAAUAUCCCUAUUUACUAUCGAGCACUACAAAAAAAAUUCCAAGCGGACGGUUGAUCAAUUACUCCAACACACAUUUAGAUGCAGACGCUUGCCUUGGCACAAGACCUGAUACGAAUCUUUGGGGAAAACUCGUACUAGUUCAACGAGGUACAUGUACGUUUGAUGAAAAAGCCCAGGUAGUAGAAAUGUAUGGUGCUGCUGGUAUUGUGGUUUAUGACAAUGUAGAAGAGGCUGUUUUCAAAGCUCAAGCUUCCAAAACCAAACUUCCAUUGACAUCCAUCUCGAUGAAGGCAGGCUAUCAAUUAAAAGAAUCCAUCAAUACAAAAUACCAGGAUGGCAUCUAUUUGGAUUUUCAAACGGCUUUAACACCACAAAAAGUAGUCAAUGGAAAUAAAAUGUCGAAAUUCUCAAGUGUAGGGCCAUUGUAUGAUAUGAGCUUUAAACCUGAUUUUGCGGGUCCAGGUGGCUACAUCUUUUCUACACUGCCAAUUGUUAAUGGUGGUUAUGGUACGCUUUCGGGUACCUCUAUGGCAGCUCCCUAUAUUGCUGGUACGUAUGCUUUGUACCUGCAAGCCCAUGGCAAAGAAAAGGGCGUCACCUAUAUCAAAGAGCAUUUCCAAAAUUAUGCAAAGGUUGCUUCUCAAGGCAUGCAUAUUGAAAGUCCGGCUAGACAGGGAGCUGGAUUGAUUCAGAUGUUUGAUACGAUUAGUCAAUCGAUGCAUGUUUCUCCCGGUCACAUAAGUUUUAAUGACACGGUGAAUAUAAAGGCUCAUACAUUAACAAUUUCGAAUCCGGGUAACGAUACAGUGACUUACAAGAUCAAACACAAGCCUGCUUUAGCUGUGGCACCCUUUAAUGUGACAAAGCAAGGAUAUUCUCCAUUACAGCCACCACAUUAUGCUAAUCAACGUGUACAAGCAACUUUAAAUAUAUCUUCCGAAUAUAUCACGAUGGAACCAGGCCAGUCAUUCGAACUGAAUGUGUCCGUGUCUAAUAUUUCAGGUUUGGAAGGAGCGGAAGUGUAUCCCAUCUAUGGAGGCUAUAUUGAAUUUUCACCCGUGAAUCAGACGGACAACAAGAUAAAAGCGAUGCAUGUGCCAUAUAUGGGUAUCAGUGGCUCGAUGGCGGAACUACCCAUUUUUGCCGCGCGAUUUCCUCGAUUUACCAUGUCCAAUACAACGAAAGUAUUCGAGCUGAAAUACCAAGAUGGACGACGCAGUAAAGGGAUAGUUUUGGAUAGAUCGCAACGUUCGACGUCGUCGUUGACGAGUUUAUUUCGAUUGCUGACGGGAUCUUCGCAUGUGCGUACCGAAGUAUUGAAUAAGAAGAAGGAAUUGAUUGGAUUAUUUUCACAAGAACAGUACUUGACACGUAAUACGCUAUCGGACUCUAGCUUGAUCUUUUCUCAAAAAUGGAAUGGUACCAUGAUUCCAACGGGUACGGAGAAUUUGGGAGAUCUUGUGUCUGUAGAGACUGGAUUUUAUCAUUUGAGAUAUAAGGCCUUAAAGCUUAUGUCAGAUCCUAGUUUACCACAGAGUUGGGAAACAGUGAUUUCACCACCCGUGUACAUUAAAAAUUAA